AGAACCGAUGGCAUUUCGUUGACUUUAUCAUGCCAUAAGUACGGCACUCUUCCGUUGCAGAAAUUCGUGCUGAAUGCGUCGCUUUCGUCAGAAACUUUUAGGUUGCCGCCGGUAUAUUCUGAGAGGAUUCCGUGUACUCUCGAAGCCAGGUCGAAAAAUCCCGAGGAAUCGAAUCUUACAGCUGCUGGGUCAACUUCUCAAAUCCUGUUCAAACUUGUGGACGAAUUCAUGUGUCCUCAUCCUAUGGGCUUGAAAUUCUAUCCUUUAAUCGUUCCUCUUGGAGAAGGCGGUUUAGAAAAUGGUCAAUUUCGACUGACAUGGACUGUUCCGGCAGUAGGCACAGAUUUCAAACCGUUUCCAGUGAAUUUGUAUGAGAUCAAGUGUGAUCGUUGCGUCAUUGAGGUGAUCGGCCACAAGCACGCCCGCACUCCUGCAGACUCCCUGAUUGAUGGAAAGAAAAUGUACAUGCACAUCGUAGAUCUGAAAAUCCGCAAAAAAACUUCCGACAUGUGCGUCAGGCCGAAGGAGGAAGCCGUGUUACAAAACGGCACUGACAUGAAAGCCUGUGAAUGCAAGAUUCGGGGCGAAUUCACCCAAGACAACCACCGGUUUCAAACGAUGUGGUCUCGUGCUGCUGUUGUCCCCGAAGUCCCGAAUCCAAAGCGACGCUGUUGGUUUGAAUUCAUCGGUAAAUAUCUGAUUUGGCGAGCGAAAACCCAAAAAUUCGUUUCUCGAGAAGCUGUCAGAAGUGACGUGAUCCUCCAUUAUACCAUUUUGUCAAUCUUCAUCGCAUUGGGAACGAUGCUCAACAUUUUCUUCUGCUAUAGUCUCAGCAUGAAUAAAGAGCGUCAAUCUACGACGAUUUCUGUCCAAACAGAAGAUCCUCGUAAAGAAAGAGAUGUUGAACCAAACACGGAAUCCGAUGCCAUCGUUGUUCCCGUGACGGAUACUUCUUUUUCCAACUCAGAAAAAGUGACACCAUCAAUAAGCAUCUUAGCUAGACACAGAUCUAGAAAACUGAAGGCGGAAGACAGCGGCACACGUUUAGCUUCGGUAAAGAAGUCUCCUGUGGUUACAAGAGUGACAUCUAGGAUCGAACGUUUAGAUAAUUCCGCGGCAGUUCGCGAAAGUUUCCCACCGACUCGCGUCCAGUCCGAAGUAACGACCCGAGAGUCUCCGCAGGGCUCCACAUCGGACGAUGUGCAAGACAUUUCAGCAACGUGGUCAUCAUGGAAAGACCCGGAUUUAUUGUUGCUUCGAGCGCCAUUUGAUGAUUCUCAACCGGAAGAAUCCAAAUCAACAGGAGCAUUCACGAAUGUUGGGGAUGAGCAUUCGGAGGACAAGUCCAUGACAAGCUCAGACCCUGCUGCUGCUGAUGAUGAUGAUGAUGACGAAGAUCCCAGUGAUGCUGUGACUAUUCUUUUCCCCGAAAAUGACCAGUCGCAGACAAAUCACAGUUCUCCUGUUGCGUUUCCCAGCGCUAGAGAAAGGAAAUCGCGAUUCAGACGAUUCCUCGCAGCGAUCGGCGGCAGAAGACCACAACUGAGUGAAGAGAAGGAUUUCGAAAGACACCCACUGAAGCCGACGGUUGAAAUGACCACUCUUGCUUCCAGCAAUGCUUUGCCGGACCAGAAGUCAUAACACGUAAUCAACUGUGGGACGAACAUAGUAGUUUUCUCUCUUUUUUCGUUCGGAGAGGAAAGUGAUUAAUGAAACCUUCUUUAGAAGAGACAUUUGCGAUAAAAAAUUUGCAGAAAAUUGAAGCGCAGAAAUGAAACCUUUCACUGAGCACAUUUAGCCAUCUAUCUCUGAAAUUGAUGAAAUCGAGUAUUAACCUUAUGCUAAUUCAUUUUUUUUUAACCUGUCAUUUGUUUUUACACUAUACAGUGGACCCUCAGUUGAUGAAUUCAAUUGGUUCCAGACCAAGUGUUUUCAACCCAAAAUUUUGUUAAUUGAAUUUGAUUACCCCAUAGACUUCAAUGGCAAAGAAUGUAAUUGCUGGUUCUGUGUACCCAAAAUA